GAACUCAAUGCCUUCCGUAAAGACGAAUGAGGAUUAAUCGGUUGACCGAUGACAGCCAUGAUGCAACACACUGGACUUUGUCUCGGGCCAAAAGUUGACGCCACUUCUGAUGUAGGCUUAAUCUGGAAGUCUGCUGUUGACCGUUAUGAGGCCAUCACGGGUGUACAGAUUCAACAAUUGGCACGAGCCAAUAGUGUGGCACAAAUUUUGGAAGACAUCGACGACAAGGAGGCGAGGUUUAAAAUCCACCGUCAUGAUGGCACUAAACUGGACAAGUUUAGGACGCUUGUGAGCCAGAGCCUAUCGCCCGUCCAGUUUGUCGGUGACAUAGUAGCGCAAGCGACUAAAGCGAUGUAUCCUCCGAGUGAAGCUAUUUUUGCUGCCGUGCGGUAUCUUAUCAGCGUUUCGAAUGGCGUGUCUGCGGAUUAUGACAAAGUCGCCGGCUUUUUUGAAGACCUGCGUUCUUAUCUUUCCCAGCUGAAGAUAUUGGAAAACAAUGUCCCACAGAUACCCGAGCUAAAGGUGGUACUUGCUGAAGUCUUCACAUCGAUUCUCGUUCUCUGCGCAAUUUGUACGAAAUACAUCCAUACGAAGCGGGUUGUCAAGGCAUUCCGAGCUCUCAUCUCCGGGGAGGAUGCUGAGCUGAAAGACGCGUAUGACAAUUUUCACAAAAUGGUGGAUCGCGAGCGGGGUAUUGUAAUGAACGCGAUCUUGUUACGAGUGGAGCAGACAAACAACGAUACUCGUACAGUGGUUGCAGGCAUGAAGGAAAACCUUGCCCUUACAGAUCGCAUUGGCCACAAUCUAAGAUCUGUUAUGGAUGGGUCACGCCGAAUGCACCGAUACUUUGAGAGCCAAGAAACGGCAUUUGAACGUCACAGCAUCAUCACUUGGAUAUCAAGCCUUGAUUUUCGCGAAAAACAGAAAAACGAGUUCUCGAAACGCCAUCAUGGCACCGGCCAAUGGCUCCUAGAUUCUGUCGCCUUCCAACAUUGGUUCCGCAGCGAUGAUAACUCCACACUUUGGUGUCAUGGAAACCCUGGUUCCGGUAAAACAGUGAUGAUGUCGACUGCUGUUAGUUACAUAGAAGAGAACACGGAGGGCUCCAAUGUCGCAAUUGCUUACGCAUACUGCGACUACCAAGAUCGGAAUACGCUGUCAGAAACGAGCAUCUGGUCUAGCAUCAUUCGACAGCUGGUUGAGUCGUGUCAGCAGAUACCCACGGAAGUAACGGCCUUCAGAGACAAAUAUCUCGAAAAGAGGUCACUACCUACCGAUGAGGAGCGCAUUUUACUUGUGAAUGCCAUAUCCCGACUAUUUCAGAAAACCUACAUCUUGAUUGACGCGCUGGACGAGUGUCCUGAAGACAAUAGGGAAGCAUUCAUUUCGUUGGCAGAGCAGGUAGAAUCCUCUGUUCACCUGUUGAUUACUUCACGCUCAAACCUGGAUCUUACGACGAGCUUCAAGAAUCUAACUCGGAUCAACGUUUUUGCCCACUCCUCUGAUGUGGAGGGGUAUUUAAACUCUAAAAUGCGCACGAGCAAGAGAAUGAGUUCUUUCAUCGCCAAAGAUCCAACUCUCAGGGAUGACGUCAUCCACAAGCUGCUGGAGAAGACGGAUGGCAUGUUUCUGCUUGCUCAUUUGCAAAUGGAAGAUUUGUGUAAGUGUUCGAGCCUCAAGAACGUCCGCUCAUCACUGGAUUCCCUUGUAGGAGAUAUGGAAGCCUUUUACAAAAAGUCCUUGCAGAGGAUAGAGGACCAGCAGGACGACGACAGGCAUCUGGCUAGAAAAGCGCUUUCGUUCGUCUUUUAUGCCAAAAGGCCUCUGAAACUCGACGAGCUGUUUCAUGCCUUAAGCAUUGAACCUGGGGAUAUCGACUUCGACAAGACAGCACUCACCGAAACACACAUUCUGCUCUCAGUUACGGCGGGACUCCUUCUGGUCGACGAACAAACCAACGACGCGCGACUCGUCCAUCUCACUUUACAUGAAUACCUGGAGAAACACCAAAGUCAACUUUUAGAACCCGAGUCAGAUUUUGCAAGGACUUGCCUCACGUACCUAUCUUUCGAGACCUUUGGAAGAGGCCCCUGCACGAGUGAGAAGGACCUUGACCAACGAAUACAUCAAUAUGCCUUUCUUCCCUAUGCUUCCCAUCACUGGGGAGAUCAUUUCGCGACAAACCAAGAGCAGGAGGAUGUUGAUGAGAUCCUGCGCUUCUUAGGAGAUGAAGCAAAGCUAGCUUCCUCCAUUCAGAUGCUGUACAUUCCUCGACAUCGCAGGGAUGGUUGGCAUGAUUGCUUUCCGAGAGGCUUUACCUCACUUCAUGCUGCUGCACAUUGGGGACUAGAAGGCGUGUUCGCCGCGGUCUGCCGAGCAGACACAGACGCCAACUGCCAAGAUAGCCAAGGAAUGACCGCCUUGCACUUGUGUUCGCGGCGUGGCCUCGCGGAGCUGACGAGAUUGCUGCUUACAAAAGGAGCAGAUACAGAUGUAACAAACAAUUGGGGCGAAACAGCAUUGACUUGGGCAGCCAGGAAUGGACAUAGAAAAGCCAUGGAACUCCUCAUCGCGGGUGGUGCCAAUCCACUGAUCGAAGACGAUGAGGGAUGGAUAGCCCUUCACUGGGCUGUCAUAGGCAGACACGAUGAUUUGGUCAAACUGCUUCUCGAGCAGUACGCCGGACUCAGCUCAGACAACCUUCAAACCCACAAAGCUCUCAUUUUGGCGGCCGAGGCAGGGAGUAACAAGACGACGGAAAUGCUUCUGCAAGAUACAUUGGAUAUCGACAGGAGAGACGAAGAGGGAAGUACAGCUCUUCAUUGGGCCGUCGCUGAGGGACAUGAGCAAACCUCAUCCCUACUACUGAAGAACGGAGCCGAUGCCAAUUCGAAAGACAACUACGACAACGCACCACUACAUUGGGCAAUUCCAUACACAGGGAUCACACUCCUGCUUUUGGAAAAUGGGGCUAAUCCAGAUUCUGGUAACAACACCAAGCAAACGCCCCUCCAUUGGAGCGCCCAAGCUGGACUAGAAGGCGUGACAAAGGAACUCCUUGAACACGGAGGCAACGCUGAUAUACAAGAUAAAUAUGGCAUCACUGCUUUGCAUGCAGCAGCUUUGCAAGGACACGAGGCCAUAGUUGACCUUCUAUUGCUGAACGGAGCGAACGCCAAUAUUAUGGAUGAGGAUGGAUGGACCCCGCUGCACGCCGCCAUCGUGAAGCAGCAUGAUGCUUUGCAGCAUCAGUUGGUAUGCAAAACUGAGAACGGAGACGUCUUUUUGGAUCAAAUGCGAUUGAGAAUGAAGGACGAAAACGAGUGUGCCUUAUUACAAGAGAUGGCCGAGAAGAAAUCGCAUGGGAGCACAGUUGUUUCCGGGCUUCGAUCGGCUGUGAACAGUGGGUACAGGGAAAGGGUGCUCGCUCUUCUGGACAGCGGCGCCGAUAUAGACGCAGAAGACCAAAUUGGAGACAGCACAGCUCUCACUCAUGCUGCCCGGCUUGGGCGAGAGGGUCUCGUAGAAUUACUUCUGGAGAAUGGGGCGGAUCCCAACCGACGGGAACGACACGGUCGGACAGCUUUGCACAUUGCUGCCGGGGAUGGGUAUUCAGACAUUGUUAGGAUUCUGGUUGAGAAUGGCGCUGAUGUGGACGCCAAAGUGCAUGGAUGGACACCAAUGUUGCUUGCCGCAAAGGCCUGGCGGUUUCAGAUCCCAGACUACCUCAUUAAAAGAGGAGCAAACGUCAACGCUGCAGACUAUCACGGGCAACGAGCUUUGCAUUGGGCUGCUCACCACGGCGGAGUAACCUUGGUGCGGCUGUUGCUACAGAGGGGAGCUGAGAUUGAGGCACAAGAUCGAUGGGGCAAGACAGCAUUCCAAUGGGCAGUAGCAGACGGCCAACAUAGAGUCGCAGAUUUACUUCGGCAGUCAGGGGCUGAUACCUCCCGAGUGCGUUGAAGUCCUCUGUGUUCUCGCAAUUGAAGUCUAGUUCUGAUUCCGCGUGAGGCCGUCGGAAAACAUUAUCCAAUAGCAUGAAGGGGGUAAGGCCAAGAAGCGUUGGGAUGCACGCCGUGUGAUUUAGCAACCUAUUGGUUAGAGAGCGCCUCCUCAAUUAACAAUAAUAGAACAAACCCCAUAUCCUACGAAUACCUAGACCAACUUUUGCUUUUAUAGAAAUCGAAGAAUUUCCACCCAGCACUUUAUUACAGAGGGCAAACUUAUUCAAUCAAACGUAGCUGACAUCGGAAAGAGGCACGUGAGGCGCGGCAGCCACUUAGCAUCCACCGCCAAAAUUAAGUUGUGGCACCCACAGCAUAGCUGUCUCAGCACCCACACCGUUAGUCAUGAGGCUGGCUGGCGAACCAAACAGAUUCUUCAUAGUUGAAUUAGGUUAGAUAAUGUAGAACUGUCGAAAACAUUAAAAUCAUCACGAG